UACAUUCUAGGGUUUCUUAUCAAGCUACCAAUAUAUCCAUUUCACCUGUGACUACCUAAGGCUCACGUAGAGGCCCCAGUAGCCGGUUCGAUGCUAUUGGCCGGGGUGGUACUAAAAUUAGGAGGGUACGGGCUGCUUCGAUUUAUAAUAGUUAUACAAAUAAGGCUUAGAAGCGUUUUUUUUGUGCUGCUACUAGUGGUGAACUUGGCAGGAGGUGUCUACGCAGGAUUAGCGUGUGUACGGCAAGUGGACCUAAAAUGUUUGGUAGCAUAUUCCUCUGUAGCGCAUUUGAGGCUUGUGCUAUUAGGAGUGCUUAGCAACACGGUAUUAGGGGUAGUGGGGGCCAUUAUUAUUAUGAUCGGGCAUGGGUUGUGUUCAUCAGGUUUGUUCAGGUAUGUGAAUGCUAUCUAUAAGAUGAGGCACUCGCGUCUGCUAGUAAUAAAUAAAGGGGGCUUGUUAGUCUGCCCAAGUCUAGUCUUAAUGUGUUUCCUGUUAAGAUCAAGCAACAUAGCAGCCCCUCCUAGUCUAAACUUAUUUGGGGAAAUCCUCGUUUUCGGCGUGGGAGGGUGAAUAAGUGGAGUGUUCCUGCUUAUCCUGGGUCUGAUAAGCUUUAUUAGGGCAUGUUUUAGACUAUACCUAUAUGGAAGUUGUUGUCACGGGAAGGGGGUGUCACACAGGGAGUCCUUAAACUUGAGAAGAGUUUGUGAUGUUUUUGUUCUGGCGGCUCAUUGGAUACCGCUGAACUUUAUGUUUAUGUUUAUACCCUAA